GACAUCUGUAUUACCCACAACGUCAUCGAUUUUGAUCAUUUUUGAUUAUUUGGAUGGUUGAAAACAACUUGACAAAAGCAUGUUGGAAAUAUCGAAUUAGUCAUGAAGUUUUUUAAAAUUUAAAACUCUCAUUAUUUCUUGAUCGAUUUUAAAGAAGAGCCCGUUUUGUCGCAAUAUUAAAGUGCAAUGCCAGCGGCUGUGGGUUGCAUUAACCAUUCAAGCAACGAGGAGUGCGGCAUUCGGGACGUAUGGGCUCACAAUUUGGAAGAGGAGUUUAGAACAAUAAGAAAGAUUGUACAGAAAUACCAUUAUGUUGCCAUGGACACGGAAUUUCCAGGGGUGGUUGCACGACCCAUUGGCGAAUUUAAAAGCUCAGCAGACUACCAGUACCAAAUGCUGAGAUGUAACGUGGAUUUGCUGCGAAUUAUACAAUUGGGGCUCACGUUUUUAGAUGACAAUGGGAAAACGCCAGGGGGUGCUUAUACAACGUGGCAAUUCAAUUUUAAAUUUAAUUUACAGGAAGAUAUGUAUGCACAAGACAGCAUUGAUUUAUUAACAAAUUCCGGAAUUCAGUUCAAAAAACACGAAGAUGAAGGUAUAGAACCGUUAGAUUUUGCUGAAUUACUCAUGACAUCAGGUAUUGUUCUUAUGGAUAACAUCAAAUGGUUGUCGUUUCACUCCGGUUAUGACUUUGGUUAUUUAAUAAAACUUUUAACCGACAACCAUUUGCCUCAAGAUGAAAAUGAAUUUUUUGAACUGCUUAAACUGUAUUUCCCCGCCAUUUAUGACGUAAAGUAUUUGAUGAAAUCGUGUAAAAACCUGAAAGGGGGGCUACAAGAAGUUGCAGAACAGUUAGAUUUAGAAAGAGUGGGUCCACAACAUCAAGCUGGAUCUGAUUCGCUGCUAACCGGAAUGGCGUUUUUCAAAAUGAAGGAAAUGUUUUUUGAGGAUACAAUCGAUGAUUCUAAAUUUUCUGGACAUCUGUACGGGCUGGGUACAUCAUUUGCCGUAAACGGAACUUCCAAUAACUAUGCCUCUGAUAAUGGAGAAAAUACCAAUUCAUGAAAAUCUGUCUUGAUUUAUAUUUUAAUUAUUCACAGUGGUCAGAUUUGUGUAAAUAAGAACGCUUGUUUUUUUGUAUUGUUUUAUAAUUGCCACGAGAUUACUUAAUAAGAAAAACUAUCAUUUACUGAUUGUACUGGUUUUAUUCUCCAUUAAAUAAGAUUUUUCUAUUUUG